AUGAUGCAAGUAAUCAAGCGUUCAGGCGAACGUGAAGAUGUCAGUUUUGACAAAAUUACUGCCCGAUUGCGCAAACUCUCCUAUGGUCUUGACACCGAUUAUGUUAAUAUCAUUGAAGUGUGUCAGAAGGUGAUUAUGGGACUUUACGACGGCGUUACUACGGUCGAGCUCGACAAUCUCGCAGCCGAAACCGCCGCUACUAUGACCACUGUACACCCCGAAUAUGCCAUUCUCGCUGCUCGCUUGGCUGUGAGCAAUCUGCAUAAGGAGACAGAAAAGUCGUUUUCUAAAGUGAUGCACGAGUUGUGUUUCUACAAAGACCCCAAAACCGGCGAAAAAGCCAACUUGGUGAGCGAUGAAACCAAUGCCAUCAUACAAAAACAUAAAGCACGCCUCGAUAGUGCCAUUAUCUACGAUAGGGACUACGAUUUUGACUAUUUUGGCUUCAAAACACUGGAGCGCUCCUACCUCAUGCGUAUGCACGGCAAGGUGGCUGAGCGCCCGCAACACUUGUUUAUGCGCGUGGCAGUAGGCAUACAUGGCACCAAUAUCGAUGCUGCCAUCGAAACCUACAAUCUUAUGAGUGAGCGUUGGUUUAUACAUGCUACUCCUACGCUUUUCAAUGCGGGCACUCCCAAACCUCAGUUGUCGUCAUGCUUCUUACUUUCUAUCACCGACGACAGCAUCAAAGGUAUAUUCGAGACACUUUCGCGUUGCGCCCUCAUCAGCCAAAGCGCGGGCGGUAUAGGUGUCAGCAUCCACAACGUGCGCGCUACAGGCUCGUACAUAAAAGGUACCGGCGGGUCGUCCAAUGGUAUUAUACCGAUGAUACGCGUAUUCAACGAUACUGCUCGCUAUGUGGAUCAAGGCGGCGGCAAACGUAAAGGCGCUUUUGCAGUGUAUUUGGAGCCUUGGCACGCAGAUAUUUUCGAGUUUCUCGACCUUAAAAAGAACCAAGGCAAGGACGAAAUGCGCGCUCGCGACCUUUUCUACGCCCUUUGGAUUCCCGAUCUCUUCAUGGAGCGCGUGAAAACUGAUGCUGAUUGGAGUCUUUUCUGCCCCAACGAAGCCCCCGGUUUGUUCGAUAAGCACAGCGGCGAGUUUGAGGCGCUAUAUCACCGCUAUGAGCAGGAAGGUAAAGCCCGCAAGACCGUAAAAGCCCGUGAGCUAUGGAAUGCUGUGCUCAAUUCGCAAAUCGAAACCGGCACUCCGUAUAUCCUCUACAAGGAUGCCGCCAACAAAAAGAGCAACCAGAAAAACCUCGGUACCAUACGUAGUAGCAACCUUUGCACAGAAAUUAUUGAAUACACCAGCCCCGACGAGGUAGCUGUGUGCAAUUUGGCAUCAUUGGCGCUGCCAAAAUACAUCAUCAAUGGUAAAUUUGACUUCCAGAAGCUCCACGAAAUCACCCGUGUAGCCACGCGCAACCUCAAUCGCGUUAUCGAUAUCAACUAUUACCCGAUACCCGAAGCGCGCAACUCCAAUAUGCGCCAUCGCCCUAUAGGUUUGGGCGUACAAGGCUUGGCAGACGUGUUUAUGUUGCUUCGUAUGCCAUUUGAUAGCGCAGAAGCCCGCCAACUCAACAAAGACAUUUUCGAAGCAAUAUACUUCGCUGCCAUGACAGAAAGCUGCGAACUUGCUCAAAAAGAGGGUGCUUACGAGUCAUAUCCCGGUUCUCCGAUAUCGCAGGGCAUCUUCCAGUUUGAUAUGUGGGACGAAAAACCAUCCAACAAUUGGGAUUGGGAAGGACUUCGCACCAAAGUAAUGAAACAUGGUGUACGCAACUCACUCCUCGUAGCACCAAUGCCUACAGCGAGCACCAGCCAAAUAUUAGGCAACAAUGAGUGUUUUGAGCCAUAUACAUCCAAUAUGUACACCCGCCGCACCCUUUCAGGCGAGUUUAUCGUAGUCAAUAAGCACCUUUUGCGCGACCUGGUGAGCCUCGGACUCUGGAAUGAAGACAUGAAAGAAAUGAUCAUGCUCAACAAUGGUUCCAUCCAGACCAUCGAAAUCAUACCCGAAGACAUCCGUGCUUUGUACAAAACCGCCUACGAAAUCAGCCAAAAAGUCGUCAUUGACAUGGCUGCCGACCGCGGUGCAUUCAUCUGCCAAAGCCAAAGUCUCAAUGUGUUUGUGGAAGCGCCAAACUUCUCCAAGCUGUCGUCUAUGCACUUCUACUCUUGGCAGAAAGGGCUAAAAACCGGUAUGUACUACAUGCGCUCCAAAGCUGCUGUAGAUCCUAUCAAGUUUACUUUGGGACAAAAACACCAGCAAAAGUUCUCCAAAACUGCGGAAAACGCAGAAAAUGCCAAUAUUUCGGAACAAGAACGCCGCGCCAAUCAGGAGAAUCUCGAGAUGCUCAAAGACCAGAUAAAGCUCGCCGUAGCGCAAGAGCCGGAGGUAAAGCUUUGUAGCAUCGACAAUCCGGAUUGCGAAUCGUGUAGCGCAUAA